CCCUCACUCCCUCUCUCUCUCUCUCCAGCUGGAGCUCCGGCUCUCUUCCGACCCUCUCCAUCCUCCUCCCCGGCAGACGGAGCGGACCUCCGGGAAGGCAGCGUGGAUCGGACCGCUCCGUGCCUCUCAGUGACCGGGACCCAGCAGCAGGAGCCGCAGCGGUGAUGGAGACUCCGCCUGCAUAGUUCUGGAACUUAUUUCAGCCGUCAGAGGAGGAGAGUGACCUGCUGUUGGGGAGAUCUACCUUCUUUUUUCUUUUCUUUUUGGUGUUUUUUGUGGAUCCUGCAGCCCAGGUUGGGUUGUUUUUUUGGGGAGGUUUUCUUUGAGCCUCCUCAUCCUCCUGACUCAUCACCUCUGGAGGAUUUAUCACCUGUGAUUUUCAUUUUCGGCUUUUUCCCCCCUCCACUAAUAAAGAGUUGAGUGGAGGGUCUGGAGCCAGAGGACAGAGGGUUUGCUGGAGACAGCAUGGAGCUGGCCGGGUUUGGAUGUAGGGCUGCUGUUUGGGGGAUGCUGGUUCCGAGGAGGAGGAGGAGGAGGACCGGUGGAGCGGACCUGCUGCUGCUCUGCUGCCUGCUGGCUGCUCGCUGCUCGGUGCACGCCUCAGAUGCCUCCACAUCUCCCUCCUCCUCCUCAUCCAGCCUCGGAGGUUUCGUGGACUUCACCUUCACCCAGGAGCCUCAGGAUUCGGUGACGGUUCGCGGUGGUACGUUGCAGCUGGACUGUCAGGCUCAGUCGGACGUGGCAGCGGCCGGACCUCCAGCCAUCACGUGGCGUAAGGACGGCGUUCUGCUGAGCACCGUGGUGGACGAGCGGCGGCAGCAGCUGGCUAACGGCUCGCUGCUGGUUCAGAACGUGGUGCAUUCACGGCACCAUCGGCCCGAUGAGGGGGAAUACCAGUGCCUCGCCACGCUGGAUGGACUGGGCAGCAUCGUGAGCCGGACGGCGAAGGUCACUGUGGCCGGUCCCCUUAAGGUGGUGGUCCCCACUGAGUCGGUGUCCUCGUACCUCGGGGACACCGCUCUGCUGCGCUGUGAGGUCUCCGGCGACCCGACGCCCGUCAUCCGCUGGCAGAAGAACCGGGAGGAUCUGCCGCCGACCUUCGAGCCCGAGUCCCGCCUCGCCGUGCUGCCGUCCGGUUCGCUGCAGGUCAGCCGAGUCCAGCCGCCCGACUCGGCAACGUACCGAUGUCUGGCCGACAACCCCGGCAGCACCAGGACCGGGACGGACGCCGAGCUACGAGUCCUUCCAGAACCCGGAGUGACCAGAAACCUCCAGUUCCUGCAGCGUCCGUCCAGAGUCUCGGCUCUGCUGGGAACCGACGCCGUUCUGGAAUGUUCCGCCUCCGGAUACCCGACUCCCAGCAUCCAGUGGAGGAGAGGAGAGGAGCUGAUCCAGAGCUGGAAUAAGAAGUACUCUCUGCUGGCCGGCAGUAAUCUGGUCAUCAGGAGCGUCACUGACGACGACUCCGGCGGCUACAGCUGCAGCGCCUCCAACAAGAACCACAACAUCACGGCACAGGCAGAACUCAGCGUUCUGGUUCCACCUCAGUUCCUCAACUACCCGACCAACACUUAUGCCUACGAGUCCACCGACAUCGAGCUGGAGUGUGCCGUGACGGGAAACCCGCCGCCGACCGUCCGCUGGAUGAAGAACGGGGAGGAAGUCAUCCCCAGUGACUACUUCCAGAUCGUGGACGGCAGCAACCUUCAGAUUUUGGGUUUGGUGAAGUCGGAUGAAGGAUUCUAUCAGUGCAUCGCCGAGAAUUCGGCUGGCAGCUCGCAGGCGAUGGCUCAGCUGCUGCUCCGAGAACCAGUGUCCCCCAGCCCAGGCGUUGCCCUCCCCUCUGCCCCCCGCGACCUGGUCCCUGUCCUAGUGUCCAGCCGAUUCGUCCGACUCAGCUGGCGCCCCCCGCAGGAGGCCGGAGGAGCCGUACAGACUUACGGCGUUUACUACUCCCAGGACGGGGUGGAGAGGGAGCGGUCAGUGAAUGUCUCAGAGCCGGAAUCACUGGAAUUAACGGUUUCCAAUCUGAAACCUGAAGAGAGCUACAGCUUCAGGGUUAUCGCCUACAACGACAUCGGACCCGGAGAAAGCUCCGCCCCCCUCAAGAUCACCACCAAACCCGACCUCCAGGUUCCCAGCCGAGUGGAGUCUCUUCGAGCUGGAUCUUUGUCUCCGACCUCCGUCCAGGUGAACUGGGAGCCUCCCAGUCUUCCCAAUGGCCCGGUGCUGGGAUACCGCCUGCUGUGGACCGAGAGUCCGUCCGGCAAGGAGCAGAGCGUGGAGGUCAACGGACUCAACUACAAGAUGGAAGGACUCAACAAGUUCACCGAGUACACGGUUCGAGUUUUAGCCAUCAACCGCUACGGACCAGGAACCGCCUCAGAACCCCUCAGCAUCACGACCCAAUCUGACGUUCCCAGCGCUGCUCCUCAGAACAUCACCUUAGAGGUUGUCCUGUCCAGGAGCAUCAAGGUUUCCUGGCAACCACCUCCACGUGGAGCUCAGAACGGCCUCAUCACCGCUUACAAGAUCAAAUACAGGAAGACGGGUCGCCGUGGAGACCAGGAGGCCAUUGAACCCAACAACUUCUGGUACCUGUUCACAGGUUUAGAGAAGGGCAGUCAGUACAGUUUCCAGGUGGCAGCCAUGACGGUGAAUGGAACCGGUCCGGCCAGUGAGUGGUUCACCGCCGAGACUCCAGAAAACGAUCUGGACGAGAGCCAGGUGCCCGACCAGCCGAGCUCUCUCCAUGUCAGGCCACUCCCCAACAGCAUCAUUAUGUCCUGGACUCCACCCCUCAGUCCCAACAUCCUGGUCCGAGGCUACAUCAUUGGUUACGGAGUGGGAAGUCCCUAUGCUGAGACGGUCCGGGUGGACAGCAAGCAGAGAUACUACUCUAUUGAGAACCUAGAGCCGAGUUCGCACUACGUGAUUUCCCUGAAGGCCUUCAAUAAUGCCGGGGAGGGAGUUCCUCUGUACGAGAGCGCCGUCACUCGAUCCCUGACAGACCCCAUAGACCCAUCUGAAGACGACCUCUUCCACCUCUUUGAUAAAUACCCCACUCCCAUGCCAGACACCAGCACUCCCAUGAUCCCUCCAGUGGGGGUCCAAGCCGUGGCGCUGUCCUCCGAUUCGGUCCGGGUCUCCUGGGCCGACAACUCGAUGACCAAGAACCAGAAGGCGUCUGAGGUCCGGUACUACUCGGUCAAGUGGAAGACCAGCUACUCCACCAGUGGAAAGUACAAGUCUGCAGACACCACAGCACUCAGCCACACCGUCACCGGCCUCAAACCCAACACCAUGUAUGAGUUCGCCGUCAUGGUAACCAAAGGUCGCAAGUCCAGCACCUGGAGUAUGACGGCGCAUGCUACGACGUAUGAAGCAGCUCCAAGCUCCGCCCCCAAAGACCUGACGGUGAUCAGUCGCGAAGGUCGACCUCGAGCCAUUUUAAUCAGCUGGCAGCCGCCGAUGGAGGCCAACGGACGGAUCACAGGUUACAUCCUGUACUACACGCUGGAUAAGAACAUGCCGAUAGACGACUGGGUGAUGGAGGCCAUCAGCGGCGACAGACUCACCCACCAGGUGGUGGAUCUGAACCUGGACACCGUUUAUUACUUCAGGAUUCAGGCCAAGAACGCCAAAGGAGUCGGUCCUCUGUCGGAGCCGAUCCACUUCAGGACCGCCAAAGUAGAACAUCCGGACAAGAUGGCCAACGAUCAAGGUCGGGGAGGAGAUCAUGCCUACUGGCCGUCCGACACCAACCUCAUCGACAGAAGCAGCAUCAACGAGUCUCCCAUCGGUCAGAUGCGACCUCCCCACGGCAGCGCCACCCCCCAGAAGAACAGCAACCUGCUGGUGAUCAUCGUGGUGUCGGUGGGCGCCGUCACUGUGGUCGUGGUCGUGAUCGUAGCGCUCAUCUGCACCCGACGCUCGUCCGCCCAGCAGAGGAAGAAGCGAGCGAGCCACAGCGCCAGUAAGAGGAAGGGCAGCCAGAAGGACCUCCGGCCUCCAGACCUCUGGAUCCACCACGAGGAGAUGGAGAUGAAGAACAUGGAAAAGGCUCCGAGCGUCGCCCCGUCAGGUCGAGAUUCUCCGAUCCAGUCCUGCCAGGACCUUCCUCAGGUGGCUCACAGCCAAUCGGAGAGCCAGAUGGGCAGCAAGAGCAGCCACUCGGGAGCCGACGCUGACGAGGCCUCCAGCAGUAUUUCCACUCUGGAGCGAUCGAUGGCCGCCAGGAGAGGAACUCGAGGAAAAAUGAUGAUUCCUAUGGACUCACAGCCGAGCAACACUCCGGUGGUCAGUGCCAUCCCAGUUCCAGCUCUGGACUCCUCCCAGUAUCCAGGAAUUCUUCCAUCUCCUUCCUGUGGAUUUUCCCACAACAAGUUCAGCCUCACGAUGCCGUUCCCCAGCCUGACGGUGGACCGAGGAUACACACCAGCGAUGCCUUCAGAUGCCUCCACCAACCCGCUCCUCCAGCAGCAGCCUCCACCCCAGCCGGCCGCUCCGCUCCUCCCAGGUUCCUCAGCUCCUCCUGGGGAACACGUCCCCACGGUCGGCCCUGUUCCUGGAGCUCCGGCCGCCGCCGCCGUCGUGGGUGAGGACGCUCAGGCCGGCAGCAGUCGGACCAUCCCGACCGCCUGUGUCCGGCCCAGCCACCCACUACGAAGCUUCACCAAUCCACUGCUGCCUCCACCGAUGGGGACCAUCGACCCGAAGGUGUACACCUCCAUGCUGCCACAGUCCAGUGCGAGCCUCCCAAAGCCCCAGGUGAAGACGGCGUCCCUCGGCCAGGCCGGUAAAGCUCGGUCUCCUCUGCUUCCCGUCUCGGUACCCACGGCGCCGGAUUUACCGGAGGAAGGAGGAACGAAACCUGCCGAGGAUUCAGCCGCAAACGUUUACGAGCAAGAUGACCUGUCAGAGCAGAUGGCCAGUCUAGAAGGGCUGAUGAAGCAGCUCAACGCCAUCACUGGCUCCGCCUUCUAACCUCUGAGCCCGGCCCAGCCCAGUCAUGAGCCACGGUCCAGUCUGGAACCCUUCUUCAAGCCUUGACGCCACCUGCUGUCCAUUCUCCAACAGGUCAAUCCGGGUUUGAAGAUGGCCUACAUCGAACCAGACCUCUGUCUGUGCUGGGGUUGAGUUUGUUUGGUUUCUACUGGUCUCUGCUCGUAUCCACUGGGACCGGGAUUGGAUAGAAGGGAAUUAAACAGAGGAUGAAAACGACAGCAGCACAGCAUCAACUCCAAGAACAGGACUCGUGUUGAAGGACUUCUUUGGGAGUUCAAACUGAAACCCUUCUAGACUCUUCAACCUCAAACACAAAACUAGAGAAACCCAAUACCUAGCGCCUCCACUUAAUGGAACAGGAGGAAAGGAUUUUCACAAAAAAAGAAGACAGCUAUAAGAUCCCUCCUGUUUCUCUUAUUUGUGGUAUUUAUUAGCAUCCUCCUCCGCUGAGUUCUCUUCAACUCAGUUACUGUGACUGUACCUCACUUAUUUUUCAUGGUUGCUGUUGGAAAUAUUCGUUUCGUCUUUUGUUUUUAGUUUGGGUAUUCCAAUUUUGUGCAUUCACAGGAUGUGUAUAUGGUUUGAAAAUGCUUUGGGAAGCUACAGUAAGAAACAAAAAACACAUCUUCAGCCACCAAAGUUUCACCAAAACUUUCUUUUUUUUAUGUGGAUCCGAGGUUGCCUGUUGGUGGAGACGUGAGGUGAUCUUCUCUGGAAUUUCCAGUCUAUUUUCUUCAGUGUCUUUUGUUUUCCCCACUCUUUAACAAAAGAGUCUGAUUUCUCUGAACCAGCUAUCACCCAUAACCCAUGUAGCCCUUACACCUCCUGGAUCUUAGGAAUAAAAAAAAAACAAAGGGAUUAAAUUUGUUAAGAAUCUGCAAGGCCGGUUGGAAUCAUGUGGAUCUGGAUCCAGCUAACUCUGUUCUUACGGGACUGUAUAAAAACCUCUAUAGACUCCCACAGUCUGUUGCUGCUCUUGACCAAGCCUUUACUCUCCCGAGCCCAGAAAAACUUCAAUCUUUACCCACGAGGACUUGUGUCGUUGCCAAAUUCUCAUCUUGGAAAGCUUAUUGUAACUUUCUUUAUUUAGCUGUUCAAGUCUGUUUCAGUCCCCAACGUGGACUGGAAGGCAGUGAAGAAGAUUUUCUUUAAGGAACAAAUGUGUCGGGGAUGCUGGAGUUGUAUUGGUGGGACCAGUCCUAUCUCCGAACAAAGGAAAUGUUGGUCCAAUGGUCAUAUCAGAAACAUGUUCAGAUCAACUCUCAAUAUGUCAUUUUUGCAAUUUGUCCAGUUGACACUUACUGAAUCAAAGUUAUGGUUUAAAAAUCCAUCAAAUAACCAUUUAUUGUCUUGGGGAAAAGAUGUGCCAUGAUUGCAAGAAACAAACAUCCAAACAAAGUAUGUACAUCAGUCAGCCACAACUUUAGAAACCACCUACAUUUUGGAUCUUUUGGUUCCUGGAGGUUUGCUGAUUGGGACCUCUAUGAAUCUGACUGUUUCCGGCAUAUCCCGUCAAUCCUUAAUCAGAUUUAAAUGUGGGGAUUUUGGAGGCCAGAUUGACACCUUUGUCUCUUUUUUGAGCAGUUAUUGAAUUCUUGCUGGAGAAGGCUACUGACAUUGGACAGUGAUGUUGCCAUAGGUGGGAAGAAGGUUUACAUGGGUGGUACAUGUCAAAAAUACGACCUCAUGAAUGACCCAGUGUUUCCCAGCAAAACAUUGCAUCACGACUAGAUGAUUAGUGGUUUCACUUUACCUGUCAGUGGUUUUUCAAGUUGUGACUGACCUUAACAACUUCAAUCCAAGAGAGGGCGCUGUGUCGCUCCUGUCAAAUGUGGACGAAAUGGAAAUUUGACGUUACCUUGAUGGUAAAUUGAGAAUGAGGUGUUACAGCAACAGGACUAAGGUAUUAUUAUUAUUACUGAGAGUAGAGAUGUUGGGUUGGCCAAUGAUGUUGGGAAUGGGAUAGAUCUCCACUGUUGUUUAUUUUUUCAGUACAUUUGGUCGAAGGUGAGCGUGUUGUUUUUGGGCCUGCUUUUGAUGAAUCCGUAUUUAUUUUUCAUGAGACAAACACACGUGUACCUCUGUUGACCUUGAUCGCCCACGUGGGGAAAUUGCAAAACCGCCAGCUUCACUUUGAGUUUACUUCAGGGGGUUUUGGUUUUUUUAUACAAAAAAUACGACAAAAAUUAACAAAAAAGAUACAUGCAAAUAAUGCAUAUUCCACAAAGUAUAUUUUUACAUUCGGUGUCCUGUCAGAGCUGUGUUUUUUCCAGAUCAGGUUUUUUUAAAACACAUUUCCGCAGAGAGCUACUUUAACCGCGAUGAGAAACGAUAACCUACAGCCUUUGAACGCAUCACACACAAUUGCAUUUUGUUGAAAAUUCUGUCAUUCGCUGAUAUAAACAGACACUUCGUGCCAUUUUCAGUUUUACUAUAAGCAGCCUUUUAAAAAAUGGACUGAGGGAAGAGUUUUCAGGGGAACCUGCGGCAUCUUUGGGUUUCAGGAUGACCUCUGCGAUACGAGGCCGGUCAGGAUCCGCCCUUCUGCUCUUUCAAACAACUAGAUUUGCAUUGACAGCAGGGCAAGGAAUCUGAUUUUGAGAAUUAGAAUGAGAUUAGAUCUGUUGGGAUGUUUUUGUUACUCUUUGUAAAAAUAGAUUUGUGAACUGUGGUGGUGGGGAGUGAGAAAGGUGUACACUGUAAAAAAAAUGUUUUAAAAAAAGGAAAGAAAAGAUCCUUAAAGGUUGAUUGAGUUUUACAGACAAGUGAAGUGAUAACCGGGCAAAGAUCUCACUUGUCUUUUUAUACUGCUGCAGCAAUUCAUUUUGCAUAAUGUCAACUGUCCAUUUUACGACAUAAUUGGAAAUAAGUGCGAUUCCACCUCUUAAUUUGACAAAAAAGUCAAAAAAUGGAGGCAGAGUGUAUGAAGAAAUGAUUUGUAAAGGUGGAUACUUUUUGUGUUAGUGCAGAAAUGCAGGGACUUAAAAUGACAAAUGAUUCAUCCGUCAGCUCGGAAAGGAGAAAAAGAAACAGGCCAUCAGUAUGCUCCAUAUUUGACUGUGUCACCCCAGUCACCAUAUUGUAAUUUGCAGACCUUUAUCUUUCUGUGAUGAAAGGGGAAAAAGCCUGAGGGAGACAGAGGGAGCAGAGGCAGUGGAGGUGGAUUGAUAUGCAGGGGUUGGUUUGUAUGUGCAGAGCUGGGGCACAGAGGAAUGAGGCCGUGAAUUCAUUAUAACGCCGUUCUCAAAUAUUAUGAUUCAAGCUCACGCUCGCUGGGCCGUUACAACAGCGGAGAAAAGUCCCGGGGACGGAGGGGAUGGAAAGGUAACGUCUCAGCAGUGCGAACGCUGGGAUGAAAGGUUGAAUCUGUGAAGGCAGGCGGGCGGUUCGGGGGAUCAAACUCAUCAGCGAACUCCGAGAGACACAUCCAUCCAGUUCGAGGCUUUCAAAUUCGCUCAGAGACACUUUUUCCUCUCCUCCUUCAGAGAGCUGAACCAUCCACAGACUGAAAUUUGAUUUAGAGAGAGAAAAUCUGAUUUUGAAAAGGUAAAUACUAAAUUAAAUGGCCUGGUGACACAAGGGAUUUGUUCUUGUCAGUAUCAAAGGGGGAACGACAGAAGAUACAAGAAAGGAGUGAGUUAAAUGGUCGUACUGGUGUUUUUUUAGCCCGUUAAAUAGGAAUUAUCCAUCAGCUCUUACAUCAACCGCUUCCUCUCUGGAAUUUGUUUCAUUUCUGAAAAUCAACUUGCAGACACUAGAAACGCUCAGUGAUUCAAAUAGGUGCGAUGUUACACGCACCAGAGCAAAUCAUAGCUUUGUUGGUCGGAUUAAGAUUGAGGACGCAGCAAAACAUCACCACAAAAUUGUUGCAGAGCGUGAAUGAGAAAGGAAGUCAGUUUUUAGAAAUAACUCCUAAAGCAUCAAUUCUUAGACCAACAUAGCACCCAGAAGAAUAAAAUGGCUAAUCUGACAGCAGAACUACUGUACUGAAACCCGCUUUACUUUAUUUUAGUCGACGUUACAUAAUACGUCCUUCUGACAACUAUUUGAAAACCGGAUUCUCUGACUGCCUGCUGAACCAUGGCAUCCAUGGUCCCAUCUGUUGGGUUUCCAGAGCUUUUCACUGCUUUCGAAGCUCAUGAACACCAGCAAAUUGGUUUUCUUUUUUGAAAAAUGUGUGGGUUUGUAACAGCAUUUCCACACAGCUAUAGCAUAACUCCCCUUUUGUCUGCUCCCAUUCUCCUUUUCUUUUUUCAAUUCUUACAAAAACCCAAGUGGGAUAAAUCCUGGUGUACAUGUGAUUUAAACUUCUGCUGAAGCUUCUGCUUGGCAAAGGAGACAAAAAGUCCAAUCAGUGAGGCCACUAGUGAUUGUGGUAAUUAUUUCAGGGCUAAACAAGGCCUAUAUCUGACAAAACUAUGAUGGAAUAUAUAAUGUACUCAAACUGAAGGAACCAAACACCUCGACAGUGAUUCACAUCGAAAUGACACUACUGUUCAAAAGUUUGGGGUCACUUGGAAAUGUCCUUAUUUUUGAAAGAAAAGCUUUUUUUCAAUGAAGAUAACAUUAAAUAAAUAAUAAAUCCAGUUCAGACAUUGUUAAUGUGGUAAAUGACUAUUGUAGCUGUAAACGUCUGAUUUUUAAUGGAAUAUCUCCAUAGGGGUACAGAGGAACAUUUCCAGCAACCAUCACUCCUGUGUUCUAAUGCUACAUUGUGUUAGCUAAUGCUGUUGAAAGGCUCAUUGAUGAUUAGAAAACCCUUGUGCAGCAAUGUUAGCACAUGAAUAAAAGUGUGAGGUUUAAUGAAAAAAACAUUUAAUUAUUGUCUGAGUGACCCCAAACUUUUGAAUAGUAGUGUAUAUUCUGACUGAAAUCUGAUUGAGAAAAGGUUCUGUUGGGUCACUUGGAGUUCUCCGACUUAAUGGACUCCAAAGUGGGUCGUCUCUCAAAGACAUAAACUAAUCGAAUCAAAAAACUGAUGGAGGAUCUUGAAAAUGAUGAGCAGGACUGAAAAGUUUGCUAAAACAUGAAACACCAGCUCAUGUUUAAACUGACUGCCGGUGUUUCCGUGGAACAUUUGAGCAUUUUAAAGAUGUACGUCUCAGAGGCUGGUUGAUUCUGUUCGUGGAUGCUGUUUCCCUGCAACUGUCAAAACUUCUCUUGAUCUGAUGAUUUGAGUUCAGAUGCUAGACAUUAAAAUGCAACAUCUUCCUGUCCAUAUAUCUCACUAAUGUUCUCCAGAGGCCAAACGUGUCAAAUGUUGUAUUUAGCACAUUUACUUGUCCUCACAUGUUUUUUAUUUGUUGCCUUCGAGAUAAAUGAGACAUCCUACGUGCCUUUACUUUCCACCGCAGCUUUCUUUCUCCAUAUUUAGCCUCUUUAUCUGAAGCCUUUGUGAAAUGUAAAAAUGAGCUCUGUGUUAUGUUAAUUUGUUCCUCCUGCAGAUGAGACGAGCCGCUCUACUGAGGGCUUUCCCCAAAAGCGCCGUGUCGCUUUUAAAAGCCAGAGCCUCAAAAGAAAGUUUCACUGCAGCGGCACAGAUGCGGCUUUUCCACAGCUGUCUGGAAACACAGUUGACACAUCAGACGUAGUAGAUCUACCGAUGGCAGUGAUAGUAGAUUGGCCUAUGGUUCUAAUAUCACCCCUUGGAUCCACAAAACGGCCAAUGUGAACAUCAAAGUUUCCCAGAGCAGGAAGCUAAAUCCUCGAAUGGCUCAAUCGGUGACACAUAUUGUAAGAAAGUUGUUAUUUACGCUUUGAUUCAGGCCAAAAUAUGUUUUUAUUUGGACAACGAAGAUCUUUUCACCUGAUUUUUAUAAAAAUAUCUGUAACUUAAGAAAACACAGAAAAAAAUACAGAAGUGAGUUAAUGUGUAUCAGAAGUUUAGGGCGUAAUGCCAGAAAUUUUGCUUGUUCAAGAAGUUUUCUUUUCAAUAACAAUGCUGCAAGACUUGAGAGACAAUACAUUUAAGGGUUUGUCUAUUAGUCAUUAACUGUAGCACGAUAUGCAGGAGGUUUACUCUGCUUUAUUCGGACAGUUGCAGGGAAGUAACAUCCACGUAGAUCACCUGUUUGAAGAUUUUUACAGUAAAAACGCCUAUUAGGUCAUGAGAUGACACAGCGGUGAUAAUGGCCACAACCCACCAAUGACAUUACCUUAAAGUGCUUGCAUUUGCAGUAUUACUCAAAGGGUGUUGGUGGGGACAUUUCUACGUGAUAUUCCUUCUACUCUUUUCAAUUCAGGGCCCAGAAAAUUCUGAAAUGCAGACUUUCAAAACGGUCACUUUAAACCACUACUCAGUAUGACUCAGUUCCUGCCUUUCAUCACUAGAUGUCACACUUUUACACAUUAGUCCAAUCACUGAAGGUGAGAACUUGCAUUAGUUAUUGGACCAAAAGGAAAAAAAUAGUUCUAGUCAUUCUUCAAUGAAAAUCAACUUAUUGAGACUUGGUUAUCAGAUCAUCUAACAGGAAUAUCAUUCAGCCUAUUUUUCGAACACGUCUUUAAUCAAGCAACAAUGCAAAACAUUUGUUGUCUGUUACAGAAAACUGAUUGUUUUAAGGUCUUACUUUGUUGGCAUUUAGGAAAUUGUGAUGGACAUUUGGUUGCAGUUUCACAUUUCAAAGUCCAAUUGGCCAUCGAUUAAGUCAUCCCGUUGUUAAUUGCAGUCUCACUUGAUUGUGUCGCUGUUAACUAGUAAAAAAAAAAAAAAUCAAUCAAACUGUAAUUAGACAAAACCACUGCAGGUAACUUGUGCAAGGAGCUCAUUAAAAUCCGUAGUGAUAUUUUGUCAUGGCAGUGCCCUCUAGUGGCCAUAAACAAGUGCAAACAGGUAUGAAGACAAAGUAGGCCCAAGGAGGAGGUUGGGGUUGACGGAUGGGUUGGCAAAACAUUGGAUUUACCUUUACUUUACUGUUCUCAAUGGGAUCUGCCGUUAUUUUCAACACCGACUGAACCACAACAGGAACUAUGACAACAAAUACCAACCUGUCUGCAGAAAAUUACAUCCCUAUUUGUUGCCCACCAAUCAUGUACUAGAUGGGGCUGGACUUGUCACCAUGUCAAUCCGAAAAAUGGACUCCAAACAUGUGGUUAAAGACUCUUAUUCUAACCCACACUUUGAGAUUUUGUCUGAACCCCAACCAAACAUUGUUGAAGCCUAACCUUCUCCAAGCUUUUGACAUGUAAAAGCAUCUAAUGAAGAGAAAUAUUCUCCUAAACAGAACCAGAAAUACAAAAAGUACAUCAGAAAAUGAAACUUAAUUGUGAGACAGACGUCCAAAUGACUGGUUUACACCUUCGACUUCUCGUUCUUCAUCCAAACUAGGACUUUUUUGUUCUUUAAAACCGGCUGCCUUUCCAAAACAAAACUACCUUCAAAAUGUAACUGAGAAUACAGUCCAGGUGUAUAAGAACCUAAUUUUGUGGAGACUUGGUUAGAAGAGUUGCUGUCAGGAUAUGAAAUAAAAAGAAGAAUAAACUCAAACGAGUUCAUCCAAGUCGAGAGCAAGUUGAUUUUGAAAUGAGAUAAAAAUCCAGAGACUUUCAAAGGGAAUUAAUCUCCAAACAAAUGGAAAACAUAAAGUAAGAGCAUGUACAUUCUCAAAUAAUGGGCUGAAAUAUCCAAAAACACCGAUGUUCUUCUUUAACUGGUGCCAGAACAGAAACAUCUUUCCACCUUCUUUCAUUCCAUUACAAAGCUUCCAGUUCCAUUUCAUCAACUUUUAAUUUAAAGUUUUUACAGGAAGAAUAAAGGGAAAUGGAAAGUUUUAAGUAAAAAGGGAACUUUUUCUUUGGCACUGACCAGCACAGAUGUGUAUUUUUUCUUUUAUUUUGGUUGAACUUUACACUUAAAGCUUUCCUUCAGCAGUCCGACCCACCUUCUAACAGAUAAGAGUGGGUUUUUAUUUAGUUUCCUGUUGGCUCUACAUGUGUGUUUUACUGUGGAGAGAAGCGUUGAUGCAGCAGAACUACAUGAAGAAAGCUGCUUUUUUACAGUGUACAGUUCCACUAGAGUAGUAGUAACUUUUUAUAAUCAAAUUUAAUAUAUUAUUAUUAUUAUUAUGACUUCAUUUUGAGUGCUCUUUAAAACUAUUAUUUAUAUCUAUGUGAUAUUUCUGCAAAUGUACAUUUAGUUUAGCAAAGAACAAAAUGAAAAAGAGGACUGAAGCGCUGUUUUGUUUUUUGUUUUUAGUUCAUUGCCUUUAAAGGUUUCAGUAUUUUUUUAAGAUAAUAUUGUAGAUUAUUUUACAAACAGUUGAAUGGAAGCCAGUUUCGCUACGAGGGGACACGGUCACCACCAUUUUCUCUUUUUUAUUUUCAGUGUAAAAUCUGUAGAUCGGGACUCUGAUCGCAUCUAUGCAGUUCUUCUUUAUAAAUAAACCCUGUUUGAAACAACAGACGUGUCCGUUCGGUUCUGAGACGCUCUGAAGUCCGGAGUUUUGACGCUAGAGUUGGUGAGGAGCCGGAGGUCGAGUGUGGAAAUAAUGUGAAAAUACAGAUUUUGAACAUUUCUGCAGAGGCUUUCUUGCGUUUUUCGAAGGUAAUGCGACUGAAAGCAGCUUUUUUGGUGCGUUUAAAGGUGAAAAACACUUCUAAGUCUUAAAAACUUGCAUCUUCUUGUGCAUUUCUAUUAUGUUUUGUGACAGUAAUGCUCAAACUUUGCCAAUGUAAUGUUGAAAUUGCUUACAUACUUUUCGAUUUGGACCUUUUAAAACUGCAAAAACAAACUUGCCAAGCGUUAAAUUCAAUAAAGAAGACGAAAUAAUCAUAUAAAUAGAGAAAACAAACACCCAUCAGCCACUUUAUUACAUAAAUGUGUCAUUUAAGCAAUCAAAUACAUCAGUUUUUCCAUAAAUUCUACGUUUUUGAAGCUCCUCCAUUGGUGUUCUUGGCUUAUAGUGUUUUACUGGACUGUGUUACGUUUAAAAUGUUCCCAAAUAUAUGUUAAUUGGGCGGACAAAAUAUUCAGAACACUAUUAAAUCAAUCCAGACAAAUGCAACACCACCAUCAUCCACUAACAGCUCAAUAACAGGAAGUAGAAUCAUCGCCUGAACCACUAAAAGCUUUUAAAAAUAGAAUUGAUGGAAAAGUUGCUUUUUAAGCUGACAUUUGAUUGCACAAGUGAGUUGAUAUCCCAACCCGGUCUCACGGGGAUUCGUGAAACUGUCACGUAAGUUUUAGUUUCGGUUUCGUGCGCACCAACACGAUUUCGUCAUGUUUUUCGUGCCGCUCACCACGAAAUGUUUUUCGCUGUGGUAAUCACAUCUGAAAGUGGUUUAUACCGGCGGAUUCAUGAUGAUCUAAGCUGUCCAUCGGCGUAUACUGCUUGUAUGAUCGCGUUUGCGGCCGCCGGCCGCCGGACAUUCUUGAAAUUCCUAUGCAAAUUGGUAAGUGUACCACCGGCUUAUGGUUAGGGUUAUGGUUAGGGUUAUGGUUAGGUUAUGGUUAGGGUUAUGGUUAGGGACGAUGUCAUGCAAAAUAUAGCGUUGGAUUCGCCACGGUUUUACAUUAAAAAUAUAAUACACACAUUCUUUUGAAAUACGUUCUGAGUGGCACGAAAAGUCCGCCGUUUAAAAUACAUUGGUGCGCAUUUCGUGGUGAGCGGCACGAAAAACAUGACGAAAUCGUGUUGGUGCGCACGAAGCCGAAACAAAAAUUUACGUGACAGUUUCACGAAUCCUCGUGAGAUCGGGCUGGAUAUCCACAUGAUGAAAAUAUAAAAUACGAAAAAAUGGCUUUCCUUUUUUAAAUUCAGGUCAUUACUAUACAAUAUUACAGGAUUUAUUGCACCUUAUUGUGUUUAAUUCCAGCAGUUUUGGUUCUAAAAUGUUGCUAUCUGAUGCUUUAAUAUCAAUUAGUUUUCCUGAAUUCUGUUUUCAGGACUUAAAACAUAAUUUCUGAUAAAUCAUCAUGUAUGCAUAUCUGGGGUUCUCUAAUCUCAACCAGAAAUAUUGGUCUCUAACUGUCCUGUAGCCUGCAGAUGUUGUGUUUUUGUUUGUUUUUUAAAUAAGAUGCUAAAUGAAGGUGUCCCUAAACGCAGCAUCAGUGUUAAAUGCUUUCAGCUGCAUUACCACGCGGCGUCAGCAUCAUUCUCUGCAUGAAGGUGGUGCUAAACUGCUGCCUGGGAGGCUGGAAAUCAGUGUGAAAGUGUAAAAGAUGCUCCGCGGAAACGUAAACGUUCUUUGUAGUUAAUGAAGCAAAAUGUGCACAAACGCACCAGGAAAGUCCUGUAAGAACAGCCCGUCCUCCAUCAGUGGAGGCUCCUCGUGAACCAGCGGUGACUGUGUGAAACUCUGAAACGCCGAUAAGAUGGAAACUGGGGGAGGCUCGGCUCCUGCAUUUCAAAGAGAAACUCGACUUCAUUAACUUCUUUCUUUGGGCGCUUCGCUCCUGUGUGGGAACCAUUGAGGAUCAAAAAAGGGACAAAUUACACGGUUUAGAAAAAAUACAAAAAAAAGGAGGGUCAGAAAAUAGAAAUAGCAGAAUGAAGGUGGACGGGGAUGACUUUGGAAGAGGCCUGAUGUGGUCAGUCUGAGCUUAGAGAAGGGAAAUAAAAAGACUGAUUUGGGGUGAAAGGGGCUAAAUUAAAGCGACCUUAUCUCCUCUCACACAGACAAUUACUUCAUUUUCAGAACAUCGUCGUUGGACAGACGAGCCGACAGAUUCCCAGUAAAUACUGUUUGACUUCAUCCUUUAAAAAAAAGAAGCCUAGAGUCAUUAUAACCAAAUUAGCUUAGUGACUGCAAUAUUUAAGAGUGUACAUUUUGUUCAUUUGGGGAAGGAUGAUGAGGAUGAGGAUGAUGAGGACGUAUCUCAGACGAAGCAAAGCGAAGUUUCUAUCCACAAUGUUGUAUACAAUUGCUGGUUUUGUAAUGCACUGUAGAACAGUCCCAUGUUCCUUUUUUAUAGAAAUGUUAUUUCAAUGGUGCAUUCUUUUUGUUUGAUAAAUAAAGUUUUGAUACAAAAGCAAA